UUCCGCCUCCCUUGGCACCGCCGGAGGAGCCGUCGACAUGGAACCCUCGCGCCUCUCCCCGGAGGCCGCGGGCAAGCCUCAAGGUUUGAUCGCCAAGGACCGCUGGUUCAGCAUCGCCGCCUACAUCUCAUCUGGGGAGGGUGGUAUUGCUGCUGCCCUGCGGAAACAUGUUGAGGAGGAAGCUCGACAUCUCAGCAGUGAAGAUCUUCUAAGGGUUAUGGAUCAGCUCUAUGAGCAAAUAUCUAGCUUAUUGCAAAGCAAUGAUGCUACUGAAAGUUUACCGGCUCUUCAUGCUAUCGAUGCUCUGAUUGAUUUACCAGUUGGAGGCGCUUCAAAGGUUUCUAAGCUGGCUAAUCUCUUAAAAAAUGUGUUUGAAGUCAAGCGUGAUCCUGAAAUCCUAGUUCCAGCUAGCACAGUGCUUGGUCAUUUGGCAAAUGCUGGGGGAGCAUUAACUGCACACGAAGUUGAGCGACAGUUCUCUAAGGAGCGCUUCUUUUAG